AUGACAACAACAAACACUCAAACUCCAACCGCUCCGUCGCAUUCCGACGAUGAAGCCGUCCUAAUCUCCAAAGCCCAAACAAUCCUAGCCGCGCGCGGCGCCGCCUCCAUCCUAGAAGAGCUCUCCCGCCCCGUCAUCGGCUCCUUCCCGCCCGCCCUGCUCCCCUACCUCUCCACCGCGGCCCUGGAAGCUCAGGGCCUGUCUGCCCCCGUCUUCCGCCCCUUCCACUCUUUUCUCCAAUCCCCCACCACCUUCUCCACUUCCUGCGUCUCCCUGGACCGCCUUCUCAGGGGCGGAAUCCCGCUCGGCACCGCCUCCAUCGUCGAGCUCAGCGGCGUCGCCGGCGCGGGCAAAACCCAGAUUCUCCUUCAGCUCUCGCUCAUGGCCGGCGCCCCGGUCGAGCACGGCGGCGCUGCCACCGGCGCCAUCGUUGCCUUCACGGAAGGGGCGCCCCCCAUCGCCCGCAUGCACCAGAUCGAGGCUCACCUUUGCGACGCCCGCGGCCUACCCGCGGGCACACUACUGAGAAAAGUCGUGGUCGAGCAAGUCCGCUCCGUAGAUCAGCUGCUGAAUUGGGCACAACACCGCCUGCCGUAUCUGUUCCGCCAGACGGGAGCCACCGUAGUCGUCGUCGAUUCUGUCGCCGCCGUGUACCGCCCGGAGUUCGACGACGCGUUGUCGCGGGCCGAGCAUUUGGUCGCGCUCGCCGCCGCGCUCAAGCGCGCGGCGGCGCAUGUCGGUGGCGUUUGCGUGUGCGCAAAUCAGGUGAGCCAGGGCCUUGCGGCAGAUGGCACGUUGAAUAGGACCGUGCCGGCGCUGGGGGCGGCGUGGAGCAAUUGUGUGGAUACAAGGGUCUUUUUGAGGAGAGCUUGGGGGGGUAGCGGGGGCAGGAUUGCAAAAGUGCUGCAUUCUAGCUUUUUGGGGACAGUGGACGGAGGAGAGGAGUAUCAAGUUACAAGCAAGGGGGUCGUGGGGGGGUGA